AUGCAACUUUUCUACUGGAGCUUUUGUUGCCUUGUACUAUUCCCGUUAAGUUGGUGUAUAUCCCUGCACAUCAGCGAUCAAAACUCGAUAUCUGUUAAUGCUGCAAUAAGUACUUCUCUAGAGAGAAAUACAUUGCAGCCUCUGGGUUCAUCUAGUUCAUUGAUACCAACCUCAGAACCAAGCCUGGCAUGUCAAAGAAGAAUAGAUCCCCGGAGUGAUGAUGCGCAGAUAAUGGAAGUACCAUUAUUUGAAGAGAGAUAUACAGAACACAAUAACGAGUUGAAAAUAAAAUAUAAAACAGAUUACCCUUUUGCUGGUAAGGUGGACGUAUUUUACGGUACUGAAGGAGGAGGGCGAAUGUUCCCAGGGACUACGCUUCCCUUUUCUAUGUGUAAAAUGGGUGUCGACGUUAUUAGUGCAAAAGCGGAUGUAUAUUCAGGAUAUCUGACGAAUGGCGAAGUUGUUGGUAUAUCUUUAUUACAUCAAUCUGGUGGUCGUGGUGUCCCGAAUUAUGGGAUUGUGUCACAAUUGCCAAUGAUGGUGAAAGAUAUCGGCGAUGUUGACAUUUCCAAACAGAUUUCUUUUAAAAGACGGGGCACAGACAGUGGACAUAUUGGCUACUAUAAGACUCGUUUGGAUAAUGGAGCAAUUGUCGAGUUUUCAUCCGGAGAAAGGUCAGGUUUAUACCAAUAUAGAUUUCCUUCACUUCCUUCGGCUCAUCCAGUAGUAAUGGUUAAUGUUACUCACCAUUUGCAUAGCUAUCUUCGUCCUUGGAAAUCCCAGAAUUUUGUAAAAGGGUAUAUUCAGGUGAAUAAAGAUAUGCAGUCAUAUUCUGGUAAGGCGAUAAUGUCUGGUGGAUGGUCUAACCCUGCUUCAUGGGUUGUAUCAUUUUAUGGUAUAUUUGAUAAACCAGCCAAUGCAGUAAGAGCUUUCCAGGGUAAUAGUUUUGUAAAUGGCUAUAGGGUUAACUUUGUUAAUGAUCACAAUAAAAGCUUCGGUCUAUUUUUUGAGUUUGACGAAUCAGUCAAGUUAUUGAAAUGCCAUGUUGGAGUUAGCUUCGCUAAAGACUCUGGUAUUGAGGCAGCCAAAAUGAAUAUUGCCAAGGACUAUCCGGAAUCACAUAAUUUUGAUUUGGACUGGUCUGUCAAUAAUGCGUUGAAACGUUGGAAUGAUGAGGUUUUUGAAAAAAUAGAUAUUAUAACUGAGAAUGAAGAUCCUGUAAUCGUUGAGAAACUUCUUACCGCAAUAUACGGGGCUCAUAUUAUGCCCAUAUCUAAAACAGGCUCUGAAGCUCCUUGGCGUACAGAUGAACCAUAUUACGAUGACUGGCCAAGUUUGUGGAACACCUUUAGGUGUCUCCAUCCUCUCUUUAACUUCUUCAAUCAGGACAGAAGCACAGAGAUGGUCAGAAGCUUAAUUGAAGUCUGGCGUCAUGAGGGUUACUUGCCUGAUGGUAGAUCGGCAGGCCGUUCGGCAAAAUGGCACGGUCCUAGUAACGCAGGCAUUGUCUUAGCAGAUGCCUUCGUUAAGAAUAUUACUGAAGGUAUUAACUGGAAGGAAGGUUAUAAGGCAAUGAAAAGAAAUGCUGAAAGAGGGCCAAAACGCGCGUAUGAUUCAACUAUUGCAGCCGGAAGCGGUAAAUCUAGACAUAUUAACGGCGCCUUGACCGAUUGGUUGAGAAAUGGAUAUGUUACUACCAAAUACAGCAAAUCCGUAAGUAAAACUAUGGAGUUCGCUUAUAAUGCGUUUGCGUUGUAUCAGGUGGCGAAAGGAUUGGGGAAGAAAUCAGAUGCGCAGCGUUACUUAAGGCGUUCCUCAAAUUGGCAAAACCUUUGGAACUAUGAUGCCUUUUCUCCCAAAUAUAAUGUAUCCGGUUUCUUACAACCGAGGGAGGAAAAUGGUGUCUUCGCAGAGCAACAUGUUAGUUACGUGAAAUAUCCCGACUAUUCUUCGGAGGAAAUUGGCUAUACACCGGCCCCGGAUGAGUACGGUUGGACUGUACCUUAUGAUAUGGCUACACUAAAGGAAUUUGUUGGCUCUGAAGAGGAGUUUGAAAAGCGCUUGGAUAGUAUGUUUGCAAUGGAAGAAAAUAAAGAAGCAGACAUCAGCAACAGCAUUAACUUUCUUACUCCUUACUUAUACAACUUCAUAAACCGCCAGGAUAAAACUUCGGAAGUGGUUAACCAAUUGCUUGAAACUCGCUUUAAAACAGGGCCCAAAGGAUUACCUGGAAACUCAAAUGCAGGAUCACUACAAGCCUGGGUCUUUUUUGCUUUGAUUGGCUUCUAUCCAAUUGCAGGUACGGAUAUAUAUUUAAUAUCCGGUCCAAAGCUUUCAUACCUAAAGCUAAGGAAUUUACCAAACCUCGGUCCAGUUGAGAUAAUUGCUAAUAAUUUAUACAACGAGGGCAAAAAAACUCCCGAGUAUAGAAAUAAAUACAUUGCUUCUGUUACAAUUAACGGCUAUAAAUUGACUAGAAAUUGGCUAUUUCAUGAAGAGAUUUUCGGUCAGUAUGGGUCUAAAAUUGAAUUUGAAAUGUCUGAUGUCCCUAUUCAAUGGGAUAGUAGUGGGUAUCUACCACCAAGCUUGGGACACUACAACAGGCAGCAGGAGCUAUACCAAUAA